AUGGAUUCACAGGGAAGAAAGGUGAUUGUUGUCGAUAACGGCUCGGGGUUUGUAAAAUGUGGUUAUGCUGGUACUAAUUUUCCUACUCAUAUAUUUCCUUCUCUAGUUGGACGCCCACUUGUACGUUCUUCUCAGAAAGUCGGGAAUAUUGAAAUAAAGGACCUCAUGGUGGGUGAAGAAUGUUCGCAACUUCGUCAGAUGCUUGAUAUAUCUUAUCCUAUGGAAAACGGCAUAGUGCGUAAUUGGGAAGAAAUGGGUCAUGUAUGGGACUAUACUUUUGGACCUGAUAAAUUAGACAUAGAUCCAAAGGACUGCAAGCUGCUUUUAACUGAGCCACCUUUAAACCCUAGUAGUAAUCGCGAACGUCUAUUUCAAGUGAUGUUUGAGCAGUACGGUUUCAACUCACUUCAUGUCUCAGUGCAGGCCGUAUUGACGCUGUGUGCCCAAGGUCUUGUAACAGGAGUGGUUGUGGAUUCUGGUGACGGUGUAACACAUAUUUGUCCAGUGUACCAGGGCUACGCAUUAAGUCAUCUUACUCGACGACUUGAUAUUGCGGGGAGAGACGUCACCCGAUAUCUGAUUAAGUUAUUAUUGCUUCGUGGAUAUAAUUUCAACCAUUCCGCGGAUUUCGAAACAGUUCGAUUGAUGAAGGAAAAGUUGUGCUAUGUUGCGUAUGAUGUUGAGCAGGAACAGAAGUUGGCACUGGAAACAACGGUCCUUUCAGAGACAUACACGGUAUUGUUUUAUGUUUUCAAUUUUCUAUUUAUUGAUGUUUAUUCUGUCGAUGAGUUGGUUUCACUCUUGUCAAUGUUGUCUAAUAUCUAUAUAUGUAUAUAUACAUAUAUAUACGUAUACAUAUAUAUACGUGGGCGCAUGUGGCGUAGUGUUUGGAAGCGCCCUGCAGCAAACGUGGAGUCGAUCCCCACGUUCAUGGCCCACCAAGCCUUCCUUCCUUCCGGGGUCGGAAAAUUGGUACCAGACUUGUCUGGGAGGAUGGCAGCACAAGCUCGGUACAUCGUGUAG